UCCUCUGCGCAUCUUCAUGGCAACGAAAGACAAUGAAACCCACAUGGUCUCCUUUAUUUCUCAUUUACCACCCCUUCAAAAACAACCAUAUACCUAUAUAUUUUCAAGGUAUGGGUUUUUUUUAGUCCUUAGGCGUUCUUCUCCCUCCUUAAUCCUUAUCCUCCACGGAUUUUUUGGUAGACUUUCGUGUUGUCUCAAUCUUGGGGGUGACGAAAGGCCGGUGCUUCUGAUGUUUCUUGUCUGUUUCCCUGAUAUGGGCUAAGUUGCUUAAAAGGGGUAGAAACACACUCUGUUUUGGAGCUCAUUCUCUGCACGUUUGGUGGAAUCAGUUGAUAUUUGGACAUUAUGAAGCUUUCUGGUUUAUGGGUCUUGUUCUUGGUGGUUGGGACAGCUUUCUUGUUCCUUAACUUCCCGUGCACCGUAACUGCCUCCUUUGUUCCCGAAACGGCCGUGGGUCACCAUGGUGAUGGAAUGGCAAUGACCAUAACAAGCAGGAGGCUGAAGCAGGAAAAUGGGAAGAAUCCGGUUUCAGACAAGAAGAGUGACGUAGGCAAGGUGAUUCUGGAAGAUUACAGGCCCAUCGAUCCAGUUCCAUGUUCAAAGGCUUCCAUAAGACCCGGACCAAUCCAGCAUGGGACUCCUCUCAUGCCAUAUAUUCCAGGACCUUCCCCUCCUAGUCAACCCAGAAAUAGAUGAUCUACCAAUUACCCUAUUUAAGAUUUCUUCUUCUGCAAUAUGCCGAAAAAAAAAGAAGAAAGAAAGAAGAAAUCUUGCAAUAAUUUAAUAUGCACGUGUUGUUCAAACCAGCUUGUAUAUUGCGUUAGGCUUAUGUGGCCGACUUGUGUUUGUGUUGUACUAGUUGCUAUGUGUUUAUUAUUAAUGUGGGCGUCUUUUUCUCUCAA